CGUAACUAAUUCAUUAAAAAAAGUGUAUCAAGGCAAUCGUAAACAUUUAAACUCAAAAUAAGGCCAAAUCCUCGCUAAAAUCAACUCAAAAGUGACCAAUCGACACGACAAAUUACCCCCGAAGAGUGUGUGCAGUGAUGGAACCCGAAAUCAGUGAUCAAGAGAAAGUGCGAAUCGUGUCGGAUUUUAUUCUUCACGCACCGCCUGGCGAAUUCAACGAAGUGUUUAACGAUGUGCGAGAGCUCCUCAAGAACGAUACACUGCUGAAGGAAGGUGCGAGCAAUGCCUUUGCGCAAUACAACAAGGAUCAACUGACGCCAGUCCGCAUCGAGCAAAGUCAAUAUCCCGGUCUAAUCACCGAAUACAAUGACUUGGGAGGAGGUCGUUUUUAUGAUCCCCGUACAAAACAAUCAUUCAAAUAUGAGCAUUUACGGAAGGAAGCGAGCGAAUAUCAGCCGUACGAAGUCGAUGCUUUGGCUGAGCCGUGGCGCGCCGCAUUGGAUCUCGAAGCUCUUGCCUACACAGCGAAUCACUAUCGUCACGGCGUUUGUUCCGUCUUUGGGAAAUCGAGUGGCGGACAGAUUAGUCUCGCAAUUUGCAUCGAAGAUCAUCAAUUCCAACCGAAAAACUACUGGAACGGUCGAUGGAGGUCGCAGUGGAAUGUGCAUUUUACGCCGGGAACGGCAACGGGUGAGCUGAAGGGGGUGCUAAAAGUUCAGGUCCAUUACUACGAAGAUGGAAACGUCCAACUUGUCUCCUCGAAGGAGUGCAAGGAAUCAUUUGCUGUGUCAAACGAACAACAAACUGCCAAGGAAAUUAUGAAAUUAAUUAAGGAUGAGGAAAACGAUUACCAGCAAGCUAUUUCGGACAAUUAUCAAACGAUGUCCGACACCACCUUCAAAGCGUUACGACGACAAUUGCCCGUAACCCGAAUGAAAAUUGACUGGAGCAAGAUAGUAUCGUACAGUAUUGGCAAAGAGCUGAAGACACAAUAAUAACUAGCAUUUAAAACGAAGUUCUUCUUCUAAUUAUUAUUAUAUAUUUUUUUUUCUAUAAACCUUAUUUUUUUUUUCAAAAAAGUAAUUAAUAUUAAUAAUAAUAAUAAUUUUCAUAAAUAUA